UACUGUCUCAUAUUACAGUAUGACUCGCUUCCCUGUGCUAAACCAGAUUAGAUAUUCCAUUCCCUUUGCAGAGAGAGAGAGAGAGAGAAAAGGAGAUGGUGGCACUCCAGAAUCCAUCGCUCCUCUUCCAUCAAAAGCUCACCUCUCCUGCGUCCCUCUCCUCCUCCUUCGUUCCGCCCCAGCUUUCUUCUUCUUCUUCUUCGUCGUCUUGUUCUUCUUGCCAGCGCCAACUCAGUGUCAGAAGGAGACUAAAGUUCACCGUCACGGCCGCCGUGAAGAUAAUCAGGAACCGCCCUCUAGACAAGGUGGUGGAGAAGCAUAACCGUCUCCGCUUUGUCACCAAGCUCAAGACUCUUCUCCUCUCCAAGCCUCACCACCACCUCCCCAUCUCCAUCCUUUCCAAGUGCCGCUCGUACCUGUGUUUCCCUCCCUCUCGUCCCCUCCCUUCCAUGAUUGCCCGCUACCCAUCCAUCUUUGAGCUCUAUCGCCAUCCUACCAACGACCUCCCUUCCGUCCGUCUCACCCCCGCCGCCCUCGCCCUCGCUGCUGAGGAGUCCGCUCUCCGCUCCCACAUCAGCGACCGGCUCGCCAUCAAGCUCCAGAAGCUCCUCAUGCUGUCCAAGCACCGCCGCCUCCUCCUCGACAAGCUCGUCCACCUGGCCCCCGACCUCGGCCUCCCCCCGAAUUUCCGUUCCCGCCUCUGCAACGAACAUCCCUCCCGCUUCCGCAUUGUCGACACCAGCUACGGCCGCGCUCUCGAGCUCGUCGCAUGGGACCCGGACCUGGCGGUCCCCUUCCCGCCUCCGGCGCCAAAGGAUACGAAGCUCAUCUUCAACCGGCCACCGAGAUUCAAACGGCUUCGAUUGCCCAAGGGAGUGAAUUUGAAGCGGAAGCACCGGGAUUACCUGCUGAAGUUGGAGGAGCUUCCGGCAGUUUCGCCGUAUUCGGACGCCGGUGAAUUCAACAAGUUGGGGAUGCGAGAAGAAAAGAGGGCUUGCGCGGUGGUGAGGGAGGUGCUGGCCAUGAUGGUGGAGAAGCGGACGUUGGUGGAUCACCUGACGCACUUUCGGCGAGAUUUUGGGCUGUCGAACAAGGUGAGAGGAAUGCUGGUGAGGCACCCUGAGCUGUUCUAUGUCUCCCUCAAGGGGGUUAGGGACUCUGUUUUCCUUGUAGAGGGCUAUGAUGAUGGGAACUUGGUAGAGAAGGAUGAACUACUGGUUGCUAAGGAGAGGCUCGUGGAGCUGGUUAGAGAAGGGAAGAGGAUGAGGAAGUUGAGAAGACAAGGUCUGGAUAGUUGCGUGCAUGAAGAUGACGACGAUGACAAUAGUGAUGAUAGUGAAGAUGAAGUUAUUGUUGAUGAUGAUGAUGGUUUGGAAGAAUUGGUGAGAAUUGGGGUGAUAGGACCAGAUUGGGAAGAGGUCAGUAAAGAUGAUGAUGAGGAAGAAGAGAUGGGUGAUGGGGAGGUGGGAGAGUUUUGGAGUGUGAGAGCAGUAGAUAAUGGGGAUGGUGGUUUGAUGGAAUCGUGGUGACCGAUCUUCAUCCUCUUUCAUACAUGUUCUCAAGCCUUGAGAAUGGGCUUGUUGAGGCAAACAAAUUCAGUUGUAUGGUUUUCUUCCUCUCCAUUGUAAGCAAAAUCUUCUGUGCAUAGUUUACUUGGGCAAAAUUAAGUUCUUUAACGUUGCUAUAUCUACAAGGGAUGAUUAUCUAUUCUAUUUACACAUUUCAAUGCCCAACGGGCCCUUAAAGAUGCAGCACCAUUUCAAAAAAUUAUAACGACAGUCAUCAUAUGUCUCGGCAGACCAUUAUGGAUAUUCUAACGAUAACAAUCUUAUACAUAUCUAUCUUGCCUGCUUGGACGAAUGUGGAUAUUUGGGGGAGUA